AUGCCGCCAAUAGCCACCCUCUCACAACCAGUAUUGGAAAAGGCAAGAACUGCCCUUCAACACAAUAUGGCCCUGAUUCUUAUGGAUCGAGCUGCAAAACAGGUGGCGUCUCUUCAACACCAAUUAGCCUCGCUCGUUGCCUCUAACAGUUUUGUACAACAAUUGGUCAAAUUAUCGGCAAUUACCGACAUCUACAACAACAACCAUCUUCAGGAACUAGCAUUGGCAGUCAUCCCUUUUGAUCUCAUUGACAGCCAAGUCGAAUCGCACUGGAAAACUCAAGAAGCCUCGACGGACACUAAUACUCACUACUCCAAAGACGAUUUGUUUGUCAAAUAUUUACUAAAAUGGUUCAAGAAUCUGUUCUUCACCUGGACAAACAAGCUCCCUUGUCCGCUGUGUCAUAAUUCCGACCAGCUGCAAAUCGCCUUGGUAGGACACGCUCAACCAACCGCGGUCGAAAAAUCCGACGGUGACGCCGGGUCAGUAGAGAUUUAUCGGUGCGCAAAGUGUCGUCACCAGUACCGUUUCCCAAGAUAUAACAGCCCAGCAAAGCUCUUGGAAACCAGACAAGGCCGUUGUGGGGAGUGGGCUAAUUGCUUUUAUUUGAUCCUUCAUUCCCUUGGGAUGGUUGACGUUCGAUACGUUUGGAAUCUUGAAGAUCACGUUUGGACAGAAUAUUACUCGACGAAUUUCCAAAAAUGGAUCCAUUUGGAUAGCUGCGAAGAGGCAUAUGACCAACCGUUAAUCUAUUGUAAUAACUGGGGCAAAAAGAUGAGUUAUGUCGUUGCUAUUGGCCCCUUGGGAAUGAGAGACGUUUCAAAAAGAUAUAUCGACAUGUCGACAUCGAAGGACAAACAGUUGCCAAGAACAAAGGUUUCGGAAAAAAACCUUUUUAAAGUGUUGCAGUUCCUAGAUUUACGUAAGAAAAUCAGCUACAUGAGGAAUACCGGGGAUGAUUUGAAAAUUUAUCAAAUGUUUGUUAGAGAUAUCCAGGAGAUGAAGUGGUUGCAAAAUCAUGAUGGAGUGGACUCUUUGGUUGGUGACAUGGGAGAAAAGGGAAGAAUCAGUGGAUCUAAAGACUGGAAAGCUCAGAGAGGUGAAAAUGGUGGGAAGAAGUAA